GAAGUCAUACAGGAGAGAAGCCAUUUGAGUGUUCAGAAUGUUUUAAAGGUUUUAAAAGACAACAUGAUUUAGUGAGACAUGUGAAAGUUCAUACAGUAGAAAAGCCAUUUCAAUGCUUAGAAUGUUUUAAAGGCUUUUCACAAGGAAGUCACUUAGAAGCACAUAUGAGAAGUCAUACAGGAGAGAAGCCAUUUGAGUGUUCAGAAUGUUUUAAAAGGUUCUCAUUUAAAUCUUCUCUCAUAAAUCAUCUGAAAGUUCAUACAGAACAGAAAUCUAAGAAGUGUUCAGAAUGUUUUAAAGAAUUUAAAAGACAAAGUGAGUUAGUGAGACAUAUGAGUACUCAUACAGGAGAGAAACCUUAUCAGUGUUCACAAUGUUUGAAAAGAUUUAGAAGACAAGGUCAUUUAGAUGAACAUACGAGACUUCAUACAGGCGAGAAACCUUAUCAGUGUUCACAAUGUCCUAAAAGGUUCACACAUAAAAAUUCUCUCAGAAAUCAUAAGAAAACUCAUACAGGAGAGAAACCUUUUCAGUGUUCACAGUGUAUUAAAAGGUUCUCAUAUAAAUCUCUUCUCAAAAAUCAUAAGAAAACUCAUACAGGAGAGAAACCUUUUCAGUGUUCUGAAUGUCAUCAAGGCUUUUCUAAAAGGUCUAACCUAGUAAGACACAAGAAAGUUCACUCAGAAAAACCUUUCCACUGUGUAAGAUGCAUGAAAGACUUUAUAGAGAAAGAGAGUUUAAUAUUACAUGUAAAGAGAUGUUACCAGACUGACCAAGUGGUCAACUCUCAUCACUAUGAAGGUGAAAGUUGCCAGGAUUUGCACCAUGACUUGAGCUUGUCUUGCCAACCAACAGUGGAGAUGUGUGUUUCUGAAGGAGUGAAAAAGGAAACUAAUUAUGAUCCACUCUCAGUCAUUUGUGAGACAGAAGCUUCACCAGGGCCUGAGAUAAUUGACCAAUCUUCUUUAAAGAUGGAGUGCCUGGAAGAACUAGAUAUUGUUAAGGAAGAAUUCUGAAACUGUUAUUGUUAUUGAUUGUCAUGGUAGACUCAACCUUGGUCGCUCUAAAAUCAAUCUUUACAAAAUUGUGAGAGAAAAUGUGACGUAACGGAUGAAAAUAUUUACGACGCUACUGAGACAACUGAGUGACAGUAUUCAUUCUGAAAUUCAUCUCUCCUUCCCCUCCCCUCCCUUCCCUUCCCAUCCCCUCCCUUCCCUUCCUCUCCCUUCCCAUCCCUUCCCGUGCCCUUCCCGUCCCCUCCUUCCCUUCCCCUCCCCAGUAAAGAUUGUUUUUUAACUGGCUGUACAUUUAUUAAUAAAGUACACUGUAUCCUCAUUAAUUUGGGUCAUUAUAAUUCAAAUUUUGGCCAAAUUCAUAUGUUUAUUUUUAUUUGUUAAUUAAUUAAACGAUUUGAAUUGAAAA